UAGGUGGAUUCUAUAUAUAUUAUAUAUAUAAACAGUGUAUUGCGAUUCGCUAAAGAAUCUCACACCUUGCUACAAUAUCUCACGUUAUCGAAGUCUUCAAGAAAUCAGUAUAAUGUACGACGUACGUAAUAAAACUGUAAUGAUCACUGGAGCAGCUGGCGGAUUAGGAUAUAAGUUCGUCGAAAUACUACUUCGCAAUGGUGCAAAAAGCAUUGCUAUGAUCGAUCUAUCAACAUCAAACGGUCAGAAUGCGGCGGUUACUUUGGAGAACGAAUUUGGAAAGGGCCGUGUCGUUUUCGUUGCCUGCGACGUGACAAAGGCCGAUGAUUUAGAGAAGACGUUCAAGAAGAUUGUUGAUACAUUCAAAGGACUUGAUAUUCUUAUCAACAAUGCCGCUAUAUUUAACGAUAACUAUUGGGAAAAAACGAUCGAUGUUAAUGUUAAGGCACUAAUUCGCAACUCUAUGAUGGCAUUCGACUAUAUGGGGAAGCAUAAAGGCGGCAAGGGUGGUGUAAUAGUGAACAUUUCAUCCAUGGCUGCAUUAGAGCCAGGUUAUUUUUUGCCAAUAUACACCGCUUCGAAAUGUGCCGUUCUAGGAUUCAGCCAAUCUCUGGCAAGUAUGUACGACAAUACUGGAGUGCGAGUUAUUAUCAUGUGUCCGGGUGCUACAGCAACACCAUUAAUCACAAACAUCAGCAAUAAGAUUUAUGACUCCAUUCGCCCUAUACGAACCGAUGAGAUCGUUGCUAUGGAGAACAUGCCGAAACAGACACCUGAUAACGUAGCACUUGCGGUGUUAAAUCUGAUUCAACAGGGUAAAAACGGAGUGACUUGGAUCAGCGAAAGUGACCAACCGCCAUGCGCCAUAGACUUUCCCCAUUAUUCCAAGCGAUGUAUGCCUGUAUAAGUUAUUUUACUUAUUUUACUUUAUUUUGAUCAAUUUACAU